UUUACAUUUUAUUUCAUUUGCGAGUCGGUCGGCAAUCGAAUCGCGGCGAACAUACAUAUAACAACAAAAAGCCGAUUAUUUGUGUGAAAACAAUUUGCGGGUGCGAAAAUUGGCGAAGGGACCGAGACUUGAACCAUGUGGAAAAUGGAAUCCAAUCAAAUCAAUGCAAAUCAAACAAAUUGUGUUCGUUAUCGCAAUUGAAACUACACUCUGUGUGCAAAAUCUCGGCUCUUUCCUUUCUCUGUCGCAGAAAGUGAAAGCCCUUUAGUUCUUCACAUUACGUUAUUAACAUAGGAAUAAAUAUGAAAUCUCUACUUGAUCUGAACGACGAUUGUCUCAUAGAAAUAUUCAAAUACCUCAGCCUUGUGGAAGCGUUUAAAGUAAUCGAUGUGCGCAAUGCACGUCUUACGGAAAUCGCACAUCAAAGAAUUUCAACAUUUAAGGAGCUCAAUAUUACAAUACGAGAUUUCCCGAAUUUCAACGCAGAGCAGCUGCGAAUAAUAGGUUCAAAUAUGUACAGUCUUAGUAUGACUUGCGGAUACUCAAUACCAACACGAAAUGUAUUAAAUGUAAUACAACCGCUCUGCGAAGGAGCUGCCGCUACUAAGCAAUUGCGUGUGUUUUCGCUAAAUUAUGUAUAUUUCAAUAAAGAAUACUGUCAAUACAUCGGCAACGCGGCGGCAAAGUUACAAAAGCUCAAUUUGAAUUAUUGCCAACUAACCGACAAACUUUUAACAGACUUACUGAAGAGCUGUAACAAUUUAUUAGAACUAGAAAUAUUGGGCAAUUACACGUUGAACGGCGAGUUUUUGAACAAACUUCACUUACCUACCUUGCGAGUACUCAAAUUGGAAUUGCAUGCGGAGUGGAACUAUCCCAUGGAGAAAUUUAAAAUUAAAAACCCAAAUGUUAAAUUGAUAAUUUAAGAUGCUGAAGUCUUAGAUAUGUUGCUAUAUUCAAUAUUUUAUACUUACAAAACUAAGUAAAUACAAACUGUAUAAAGCAAAUAAAUGAAAAAAGAAGAACUCAAAAUAUAUAUUAUAAACCCUUUUAUUUGUAAUAUGAAACGCAGGCACUUUAAGUACCGCGAAUUGAAUUCAGUGUCAACUAAGCAAUUUCUACGUGUACAUAGUUAUUUGGUUGAUGUUGUUUAGGGUUUAUAUUUGGGCACUAUGCACACAUUUGGGGGGAGACACGCACUUGCACGUGGCUAAAUUGUUUCGAAGAUCAAAAGAGAUCCUGUCAUAAGCGCCAACUAGCGUGCGUGCCAAUGCCUAGUUGCAUAUUGGCUGAAUUAUUACAAUGUUUGCGUAGCAUUUAAAAAUACAAUAGUUAAAAAAAUAUGUUUAAAAUGUUGUUUGGAAAUGUUGUUGUUGGUGUUUGCUGAACAGCUGGUUUGUUAGCUAUUUGAUGACAAUUUUUAUUUUUAUGGCUGGUCGUUGUUGUUUCAAUGUUUACUGCUUUGACUGCCCUUUUUCU